AUGGAUUUCGAGCGCCGAACGUCGUCUAUAUCGUCCAACAUAUAUGGAUCGCAGGACGGAAGGUCGCGGACGUCAAGCUCGAUGAACGAGGAAGUAAGCAUCCCGAUGGGGAGCCAUUCGUCGAAGUUUGUGAAUAGAGAACCGACGAGAGAGAUGAAUCAAGGGCGUUCCUCAAUACGGGAUGAUGGGCGGGACCGCGGUUCGGAGCGCUCUAACGGCGCGGCCAAGAGCGAGGAGAAGGGCGAACCCACCAUCAAAAAGAGCCCAGAAACCAGUGCUGCCGCUACCUUGGACAACGAGGAUCUCAUCGCCGGACUGGCGCUGCAGCGGCUCUGCGACGAAAAGCCGGAUAUCGACACCCUAGCGAGCUCGCUCAUGCAGCUUUACGACUACCUGGAGUAUUCGACGGACGAAACGGAAUCGCCAACCGAACUCGUUGACCGCAUAGCGCUCACUGCACUGCGGGUUAAGGUCAAGACGGAGUCACUCAUCAACCGCGCCAACUGGCGCAUGAAGGCGGCGGUGCGGUAUGCGCGCCAUCUCGAGAUCAAGCGCAGGAGCAUCCAGAAAAACAUACCUCGGAUCGAAAACAAUUUCAUGGGGAUGUACCGUGACCAAUACCGGAGCAAGGGCGUCAGCGAAAUCUACGACCGUCUGUACAAGGUGCUGGGAAAGAUCCCAGAAAUCUCACAUAUGGAAAUCAGGGAGGAGCGGCUCAGAGAAAAACAAGAGACUAUCGCCGCAAAUAUAGAGAACAUGAGGCGCCAGAUUGUUGCCCAAAGAUCGCAGCUGGAGACCAUUUGCCAACUCAUGGCCGAUGUCGCAGCAAUGGAGACUACCUCUUAG